CAGACUCCCCGCCUCCGGCCACCGAUAUAAACUCCCUCCGCCCCCCGUCGCAUCAUCACCGAGGCAUUCCACAAAAUCAGCAAGCGAUCCAACGCAGUCCAAUCGGAGGAGACCGAUCGAUCGAGCUCGGAGAUCAGCAGCGAGCGAGAAUGGAGGCCAGGAUGUUCGGGCUGGAGACCCCGCUGAUGGCGGUGCUGCAGCACCUGCUGGACAUCCCGGACGGCGAGGCCGGCGGGGCCGGAAACGCCGGCGGCGAGAAGCAGGGCCCCACGCGCGCCUACGUCCGCGACGCGCGCGCCAUGGCGGCCACCCCCGCCGACGUGAAGGAGCUGCCGGGCGCGUACGCGUUCGUGGUGGACGUGCCGGGGCUCGCGUCCGGCGACAUCAAGGUGCAGGUGGAGGACGAGCGGGUGCUGGUCAUCAGCGGCGAGCGCCGGAGGGAGGAGAAGGAGGACGCCAAGUACCUGCGGAUGGAGCGCCGCAUGGGCAAGCUGAUGCGCAAGUUCGUGCUCCCCGAGAAUGCUGACAUGGAGAAGGUCUCCGCCGUGUGCCGCGACGGCGUGCUCACCGUCUCCGUGGAGAAGCUGCCGCCGCCCGAGCCCAAGAAGCCCAAGACCAUCCAGGUCCAGGUCGCCUGAGAGAUGGAUGGGACGACCGAACCAGAGAGAAGGUCCUUUGCCUGCACGCCUGAUCGAAGUUGAGUGGGUAGUGAUCGAUGAUUAGGGAGUGAGUUUCCCAUGAUGAUGUGUCUGUUUUUUCUAUCUCUGCUCGUGUGGUGUCCGAGAGUGUUGUGUGGCUAGUUUCCGCUUUCAGUGCGCAAUUUCAAUGAAAUUUCGGGAAUAUCAUCAGUUUUGGUUCUU